UAUUAUUUCUGUAACUUGAAAACCAACCAAGGUUUAGCAAAUUCAAGAAUUGGUUAAUUAAUUAACAAAUUCCAAAAAUGGUGAAGAUUGCAUUUGGUUACUAUAAUGAUACUGUUAAUUCAUCUUUACUCAAGGCCUACCUUGCUGAGUUCAUUGCCACUCUUCUAUUUGUUUUUGCUGGUGUUGGAUCUGCAAUAGCUAACAAUAAGGUGACAUCAGAUGCAGCACUUGAUCCAGCUGGUUUGUUAGCAGUUGCAGUGGCACAUGCAUUUGCAUUGUUUGUUGGAGUUUCAAUGGCGGCCAAUAUUUCUGGUGGCCAUUUGAAUCCAGCUGUCACCUUUGGAUUGGCUGUUGGUGGCCAUAUAACUAUCUUGACUGGUUUCUUCUAUUGGAUUGCCCAAUUGCUUGGCUCCACUGUUGCUUGCCUUCUCCUCAAAUUUGUCACUAAUGGAAUGGCUGUUCCUACUCAUGGAGUUGCUGCUGGGCUCAGUGGAUUUGAAGGAGUUGUGAUGGAAAUAGUCAUCACUUUUGCACUUGUGUACACAGUUUAUGCCACUGCAGCAGACCCCAAAAAGGGGUCACUUGGAACAAUUGCACCCAUUGCAAUUGGGUUCAUUGUUGGAGCAAAUAUAUUGGCUGCUGGCCCAUUUAGUGGUGGGUCAAUGAAUCCAGCUAGAUCAUUUGGGCCUGCUGUAGUUACUGGAGACUUCUCACAGAACUGGAUCUAUUGGGUUGGGCCUCUAAUUGGUGGUGGAUUGGCUGGGCUUAUUUAUGGUGAUGUGUUUAUUGGAUCAUCUCAUGAUCCACUUCCAGUCUCUGAGGCUUAUGCUUAGAGUUAGAGGUCCUUCUUGCUCCCCCUUUUCAAAUCAUCAAAUGUAAAUUUCCCUUUGCUGUGUGUAAUGUGAUAUUUGCUUUCAUUUCAUCUAGGGUUAAAAUGCCUUUAAACUAUACGAAAUUAAAUAAAAAUAUCCUCCACGAAUAGUUUGGUCCAAAAA